AACCUGAUUUUCGGUGUGUUCAGUGACUCUCAGUCAUCACCUAGCUUUUUUCUGCUGUGCUGAAACUUUUAAAUGUGACAUCAGAGGAGGAAGGCAGGGCCGAGCCAGAGAAAAUUACAACAUCAGCCUCCCUCUUUCUGGGUACGGACCACCCUCCACUGUUCUCUCCCUCGGUGGACGGUGUUUGCCUGUGCCAUAGCUGAGCGCAGACCUUCCUUCUCAAUGCGAGCAGCACAUAGGGGGAGACUGGGAGUGAGAGGAGGAGAAUGGAGAGCAUGAACCUACAUAGGAACCACAACUGAGACGCCUAGGCUGGGUCUUACCUGCACAUCCCGGACCACUGACUAAACUCACUCUCUGACACAGAUCUGUAGUUUGGUGAUUAAGGGAGGAAGAACCAUGGGACCUGGAACAUGGAGUCUAUUUGUGCUGCUUGGUUUGGCCCUCUGGAGCAACAGCCAUGCCCUCACCAAGAACCCCAUUCUCUCUCGGGUACGGAGGGCACCAGAGGCCAACGGAGAAGCCAAGAAAUGCGCUUACACCUUCCUGGUCCCCGAGCAGAAGAUCACAGGCCCCAUCUGUGCUGCUCGGGGUUAUUCCACUGACAAGGACAGAGUGACGCGCUUGGACGUGGCUUCAGUACGCGACCUCCUGUCCAAGCAACGUCGGGAGAUGGAGACUUUGAAGCUGGUGGUCGAUGUGGACGGCAACUUGGUGAAUGAGAUGAAGCUAUUGAGGAAAGAGAGCAGGAACAUGAACUCGAGGGUGACCCAACUCUACAUGCAGCUGCUGCAUGAGAUCAUCAGGAAGAGGGACAACUCACUGGAGCUUGCGCAGCUGGAGACACGCAUCCUCAAUGCCACCUCUGAGUCAUUACGUCUGGCCUCCAGGUACAGGGAACUGGAGACCAAAUACUCAGCCCUGUCGGCAGUGGUGAACAACCAGUCAGUACUGAUUGGAGCGCUGGAGGAGCAGUGUAUGCAAGUGUACAGCCGCAGGCAUGAGCACCCACCCAUGGGACCUCCACUAGUGCAGGUGGUGCCUGAAAACAUUCCUGUCAAUGUGCCACGUUUCACCAAUGAGAUCCAGAGAGACAACACUCAAGGGUUUGUGCGGGAAAGGGGCUCCCGCUCUGGGCCAUCACCCACAACUGGUACCCUGGAAGUCCAGAAUCCUCCCGAGAGGAACUUCAGUGCAGAAGGCCCAUUCAGAGACUGUCUGGAUGCGCAGGAAGCCGGCCACAGCACCAGCGGCAUGUACCUGAUCAGACCAGACGAAGCAGAGCGGCCGCUGCAGGUCUGGUGCGAACAGGACAUAGACAACGGGGGCUGGACCGUGAUCCAGACCAGGAGGGACGGAUCUGUUAACUUCUUCAGGAACUGGGAGAGCUACAAGAGCGGCUUUGGCAACAUAGACGGGGAGUACUGGCUCGGUCUGGAAGGCAUCUACAAACUAGGGAGGCAGGGGGACUACAAGCUGCUGGUGGAGCUGGAGGACUGGAUGGGCAAAAAGGUAUACGCUCAGUACAGCAGCUUCCACCUGGAGCCGCAGAGCGAGGACUACCGCCUGCGCCUGGGCACCUACCAGGGCAACGCCGGGGACUCGCUCAGCAGCCACAACGGCAAACAGUUCACUACGCUGGAUCGAGACAAGGAUGCUUUCGCAGGUAACUGUGCCCAUUUCCAUAAAGGAGGCUGGUGGUACAACGCCUGCGGCCAAGCCAACCUUAACGGGGUUUGGUACAAUGGAGGCGUCUACCGCAGCAAGUUCCAGGACGGGAUCUUCUGGGCCGACUAUGGGGGAGGCUUCUACUCCAUGAAAACUGUCCGCUUGAUGAUCAGGCCCAUAGACUGAGGAGACUGUGUAAGCCGGGCCGGUCCACGGGCAGCUGUGGAGGCCAAGGCACACUUCUGACUGCGUGUCAUCGGUAACUGGUUGAUCCAAGAUAAAAAAAGAACUGCAUCAUUGGAGUUUGACCAUCGGUAGUGACUUGAAAAGCCCCCUGUCAUAGAAACAGACUCUGCUUGAACAUUGUCCUCUCUGUAUAACAUAAAAUAGAAGCACACAUAGAGGAAUUUAUGGGACAUAAUUAUUUAUAAUAAGCCAUACAACUUCUUUUCCCACCAAAUACAUAUGAUAGUUGGGGGAAAUAGAUAAUAAAGGUCUACAUUUUGAAGUUUUAUAAUCCAAGCUGCCUUAUGAUUAAGAAACCACAGUGUUUUCCUCAUUACCGGGUCGCCCCGAAGAGAGGAGGCGCCACAUCCUCACACAACUUCAUCGGUGUUGAUUUCAUUCAUAAGCUUUAGCGUCACAGGAUCUACAUGCAUCUCUUCCUACCUCGCCAAGAUAAACGUCAGGGGGAAACUCUCCCUCAAUGAACUUUUGCUGUUCUUGCCGGGACCUGGAAAAUACAUUGUGUUAAUACCUAUUUAGAUUUAUUUAGACUCUGUAUCCAAUUCCAGAUUUAAAAAGACCAACAUCUUCAGAAGUUGGAGAACGGAAAGAGGUUUAAAUCCAUGUUUUAUUUUAUUUUUACUCCUUACACGUAAUAUAUCCUUUAUAAUGUAUGUUAAAGUACUUUGCCCAAGUCCACAUGACCUGAAACUAUAAUUUAUGUGUGCAAUAAACUUAUCAAAACAGUGAAAAAGGGGACAGGUAUCCUGAGGGAGCAGAGAAUGUUCCUGCAGAAAAUAGAGCUAAUUUCCUCCUCGGUAUAUGUGACAAUUAUUCUCAGAGAGUGCUCGAAAAUUGCUCUUAAUGUUUUUCUCAUUAGGGCCAUUGAUUCAAUUUCAGUAUGACUCUGGGAAAAACAAGCAACGCUGAAAGAAAGAGAGCGAGAGAAACAAGAAGGAAUUAUAUUUGGUUUUGAGUGGUUUUGGAGCAUGAAAAAUAUGCAGACCAAGCGUACUGAGUUAUAGGCAUUGGGACAGACAACGAGAAACACAUUGCCUAGAGCCAGACAGGACGGAGAGAGAGAGAAGGGGAGCGGAGGGAGGGAGAUGAACUGGGAUGGAAUUGGUCCAAAUUUCCAAGUUACUCCCCCACCCCCCCUCUUCCUUUUGAAUACAGAGAAAUGUACAUUCUGUUUUCAUAAAGAAUAUCUUUCAUUGACAAAGUCCACGGGCUCCUAUGCUCUGCGAUCGCCAGUGUAUGGAAGGAAACCGGUGUCCUUUGGGGGGAACCUCUCCAUCCAGAGGAGAGGGGGAGCUGGGGGGUGGUGUUUGAACUGGUGGGUCUGCUCUGAACAACAGGGUUGCGUUCACACACACAUGAAAAGACGAAACAGCCUUUGAGCUGAAAAUAGACCCUCAUAUUCUGCUGGUUUUUCCUCAUUGACCACAACGGCCCUCACACCCAGGUCUUUUACACACUUUUGCUGGACUCAGCUGGACAUGGAACCAUGUUUAUGGACAUGUAAAAGAAAAAAGCAUCAUCCAAUAAAAUGACAUUACAAUGUUGAAAUAAAACAGCAAUAAAACCAAUGAGUCAUAGUCCUUGGUAGAACAACAUUACACAACUAAGACUCAACAUUUAGUGUAACUUCAGGGGACUCUCGCAACCACAGAGCUGUAAUUGAUACAUGCCAUUGUUAGUGUUUAGGCUUUGUUGAGAUUACGUGCACAUUUCAGUCUUAUCUUGUGGGUGUGAGUCAGACUGAUAUAUUGUUGUUCCAAACAGAACCUCUAAUUCUUCCUGACAGAGGGAGGUGCUGUACAAGUUCCCCUUCUUAAAUUCUGCAGCAUUCGAGUUUUUCAGAAAUAACAGAUCUCUUAAAAACAAAAUUCCUGUUUCUGUGUGUUUUCUUUCGAUAUGAAACAGUCACCGGGGGAGACGGAAGAACGCGAUGCAAAGACAUCUCUUUUCAAGUGUCUGCACAUUUCUGUGGUUGACUGGGCGGGGACGAGUCGUCCCACUAAUAAAUCCAGAUUUCCGUCUUUUCUGUCUGUCCUUAGAUUGUCUCGACUACUCACGUGAUCAACUUCAAACUUGGUGGGUUUCCUCUGAAGUGCAGUGUCGACUGUGAAGUGUUUUGGAUAAAUGCAUCUACAACCCAACCCCCAAUUUAUUUUUAAAUUGCACUUGCAGUGUUGUCAUUUUGAAUGUGCAAAAACAUGAUGACUGGUAGUCAGUUGAAAUCUAGCUCACAACCUGAAUGUGACUCUUUUCCACUACGUAAUUUUCCACUGUAUUUAUUAUUCACUGAAGUGAAGUGAAUGUUUUUACACCUUGAAUCUGUCACUGCUUCAAAACCUCUGUUUCCUGAAUGUCGAGCUUUCAGAGAUUCAAAGGUUGUAGUGGUGGAGCAGGUCUGUAGCGUGAUGACCACUCAGCACUUUACAGUUCUGUUUUUCCAUUCACCCAUUCACACAGUACAUCUAUGUGUAGCCCUUUUCCUGUCGUAUAUAACUCAUAAGGGUGCAUGCAGGGAGGCAGGGAUCGAACCGCCAACCUUCUGCUCAGUGGAACGACCCGCUCUACAUCCUGUGCCACAACUGCCCUCGGCCAGGUUGAUCCAACACCCUCUGUAAGGUGCAGAUGAAGGUGCAUUGGCAUAGCAGAAAGACGCCUCACAGCAAGUAGGUUCCUGGUCUUUCUGUGUGGAGUGUGCAUGUUCUCUCCCUGUCUGCAGGGGUUUUCUCUGGGUUUUCUCCGGCUUCCUCCCACAGUUCAGAGACAUUGGACAAUUGGAUACCCUGUGGGUUGAGUGAGGAUGGUUCUCUCUCUCUGUAUGUAAAGCCUUGUGAUACACUGGUGACCUGAUCAGGGUAGACCCGGCCUCUUGACCAAUGUCAGCUGUAAUUGGCUCCAGCUCCCCCACAACCCUUAAAAGGAUGAGUGGGGGAGAGGCUGAGGCUGCAGGUGGUUAGUUUUCAUUAACAUAAAGACUGGACACAGAGCCAGCAAGUCUGGCUCUUUCAGUUUCAAACAGAAUCAGACUAUAGUGAGCUUCAGAGGUCAUGUUUGGUGGAUUUUUGACAGAGAGAGCUGUGUCCCCUUCCAUGCAGUCUUCAUAUUUAGCGUGUAGACAUUAAAUCAGUAUCGAUCUCACCUCACUCUUGGCAGGAAAGCAUUUAUCAAAAUGUACUUGAGGGAAGAUAUUGGAUUUUAUUUUUCUUGAGUAAAUUAAAUAAAAUUGCAAAUGUAGGUGAACCUACGAGGGUAGAAAAUGAACCCACACUAGCCAUUUAAUCUGGGUGUAUAGAUGAAAAGGUCAAGGGCACACAUUCUCUUAAAAGAUAUUUAUUUGUCAACCAGCCAGCUGAGCACAUCUGUUCUUUAAAGGGCGAGUGUGUAGGAUUUAAGGGGAUCUCGGCAGAAAUGAAAUAUAAAAUGCAUAAUUAUAUUAUAAUUACAGUUUGUAAUCACCUGAAACUAUAAUGUUCUUGUUACCUUAUAACAACCUGUUUAUAUCCAAGUGGGGAGCGGGUCCUUUUGCACGGUUUGUACAGUGGCCCAGAAUAGACAAACCACACAAUAGCUCUAAAGAUGUUUUUUUGCAUUUCUACCAUUGUUUCUUCUACAUGCUUGAAAAUAGCGGGUGUGGUGAGGUGUAUUCAGCUAGUUCCCAUAUGACACUUUACCACUAUGCUACACACUGUGCAUUUAAAUCCACACUCUUUUGUGGAUUCAUAGAUUCUGGAUAAUGUGUCCAUCCUGUCCUGUUCUGUUCAGCUCUACUGUAAAUUCAGGAAUAAAAUACGUUUUCUUUC